AUGGACAGCAACAAUGCAGAAGCGACUGAAUAUCUUACCCGUCUUUUGAACAAGACUCUGCGUAUCCACACGACAGACUCACGCAUCUUCGUCGGCACGAUGAAAUGUACCGACCAAGAACGUAACAUCAUCCUUUCGUUGACACAUGAGUACCGACAACCGCCGCCCAGUGUAGUGGAGAUUGCAGCCAUGCAGAUGGAGAUGGAUGGCGUGAAGGGAAACGUUAAGGUGGAUAUGCUCAAGAGAUUCGUCGGCUUGGUUGUUGUGCCGGGCAGGUACAUCACCAAGAUCGAAGUCGAGGAAUGA